GUACAUCAAUACAACGAUUUCUUAAAGGAGUUCCACUUUCAGAACUACAUCCAUCGUUGAAUAAUAGGUCUAAAAUUGAGCAUAUGAUUGCAACAAAGCGUUAUGCUAAACACCCAUAUGGUCAAGAUAUUAUGGGUAUUGCAAAUAUGCUUUUGAAACAAAAGCAAGAUAAUAAUAAUAAUCCUUAUAUUAGAUCAAUUUCUUUAGUAUUUGCACGUGCUUUCACUAUUCUUCAAAUAGCAAAUACAUAUCAAAAGUUAUUUGAAGAACUUUUUAUUUGCGUAAAGCAAGAUUGUGGACAUUUUGUUGAGUUUCAACAUAUCCAUGGCUGUGGAAUUGGAUGCAUUUUAGCUGAUGAAUAUUACGGUCAAGCAUUAGAUAAAUUUUAUAUCAAUUUUUGUUAUAGUUAA